UGGAGAGUCUCAGUCUGGAACCAGCACCGGAAGGCCCUGCAAAGGCCCAGAGCGGUUCCCGGAGCUUGUGCUACAAGGUUCCCCCACCCGCACCCCCGCCUGGGUGCGAAGAGCAAGCACCUGUCUCCUCGGGGUUGCUGCCAGCGCCCUCUCUUGAGCCGUCUAUUUAUGUACCGCUGGGCGGCCCAGACCCGUAUUAGGCAGUGCUGAUCAGUCAGCCCCACCCCCACACCCCCGCAUCCCGCGGACCCUGCGCCCUCCUGACACUGGAGCGUUGGAAGUGUCACCAGGCCCGGUCGCCGGUGGCCCCUGCGGAGCGAGCAGGGCCUUGCUCAAGGCGGGGGGGCAGCACUCGGAAUGUUCUAAGACAUCUCGGUUGCUUUGUGAGUAAUCAGAAAUGCAAAUAGCCCCUCAAGAAUCAAGCUAAAUUUAAAGAAGACUUACUUAGAAACACUGGAUGGUGAAUCAUGGAGUGCAAGAUUGAGGGAAAAGAAAAAUACCAACACAGCUUGAAUUUACUGAAUAAAGUUAAGAACAUGAAAGAAUUAGCAGAAAUGAUUGAUGUAGUACUCAUAGCAGAAGGAGAGAAAUUUCCUUGCCACAGACUGGUCCUGGCUGCUUUUAGUCCUUAUUUCAAAGCUAUGUUUACUUGUGGACUACUUGAAUGUAAUCAAAGGGAAGUCAUACUUUAUGACAUCACAGCAGAAGGUGUGUCAGUUAUAUUAAAUUACAUGUAUAAUGCAGCUUUGGAGAUCAAUAAUGCCAAUGUACAGACUGUAACUAUGGCUGCCUAUUUUAUGCAGAUAGAAGAAGUCUUUAGUGUGUGUCAAAAAUAUAUGAUGGACCACAUGGAUGCCUCCAACUGUAUAGGUAUCCAUUAUUUUGCACAGCAGAUUGGAGCUGAAGAUUUAUCUGAUCAAUCAAAGAAAUAUUUAUAUCAGCACUUUGCUGAGGUGAGCUUACAUGAAGAAAUACUAGAAAUUGAAGUGCACCAAUUUCUGACGCUUAUUAAAUCUGAUGACCUUAACAUAUCCAGAGAGGAGAGCAUUCUGGACUUAGUUCUAAGAUGGGUAAAUCAUAACGAAGAAUUGCGCAAAGAGCAUCUUGCUGAGCUUUUGAAACAAGUCAGAUUGGAACUUAUAAAUCCUUCUUUUUUAAGACAAGCCCUAAAAAGGAACACAAUGCUUCUAUGUGAUGCAAAUUGCAUUGACAUAAUUCAAAAUACAUUCAAAGCCUUCAAGACACCCCAUCAACACCCUCUAAAUCUUCGUUAUGGCAUGGAGACUACUAGUCUUUUGCUUUGCAUUGGCACCAAUACUUCAGGAAUCAGGUCAAGACAUAGGAACUAUGGGGAUGCCAGUUUUUGUUAUGAUCCUGCAUCACAGAAGACCUACUUUGUCUCAUCUCCCAAGUAUGGGGAGGGUUUAGGAACCGUGUGCACUGGUGUUGUCAUGGAAAACAAUGCUAUAAUUGUGGCUGGAGAAGCAAGUGCUUCUAAACUCGCUAGACAAAAGAACAAGAAUGUUGAAAUCUAUAGGUAUCAUGAUAGAGGAAACCAGUCUUGGGAAAAGUUAUGCACAACUGAAUUUCGAGAGCUCUAUGCUCUGGGCAGUGUUCAUAAUGACCUCUAUGUUAUAGGAGGACAGAUGAAAAUUAAAAACCAGUAUCUUAUUACAAACUGUGUUGAUAAGUAUUCUGUAGAAUGGGACAAUUGGAAAAGGGUGUCUCCCCUCCCAGUACAAUUGGCGUGUCAUGCUGUAGUGACAGUGAAUAAUAAACUUCAUGUGAUUGGAGGCUGGACCCCUCAGAUGGAUCUUCCUGAUGAAGAACCAGAUCGUUUAAGCAACAAACUGUUGCAGUAUGACCCCAGCCAAGAUCAAUGGACAGAGCGGGCGCCCAUGAAGUACUCUAAGUACCGAUUCAGCACAGCUGUAGUCAACAGUGAAAUUUAUGUUUUGGGUGGAAUUGGCUGCAUGGGUCGAGACAAGGGCCAGGUUCGAAAGUGCCUUGAUGUGGUGGAAAUCUAUAAUCCUGAUGGGGACUUUUGGAGAGAGGGCCCACCUAUGCCAAGUCCCCUGCUCUCUCUUCGAACCAAUUCUACCAAUGCAGGAGUAGUGGAUGGGAAGCUGUAUGUCUGUGGAGGAUUCCGUGGAGCAGAUCGCCAUGAAGUUAUCUCCAAAGAAAUAUUGGAACUGGACCCAUGGGAAAACCAGUGGAGUGUUGUAGCCAUCGAUGUCCUCAUGCAUGACAGCUAUGAUGUCUGCCUAGUGGCCAGGAUGAAUCCCCGAGACCUCAUCCCCCCACCUUUAGAUUUGGUGGAAGAAGGCAAAGAGCACUGAGGAUUGUUUGACACUGAGCAAUGGAACACAAGAGGGAAGUGAUUUGGAUGUUGAAGCUGACAAAAGACUGCAGCUAUCAGACACACCUGGUUCAGUUUGUGUUUAUCAAAAAAACAUCAUUGUUCUCACUGAUUGACUUUAUAAUGGGGAAAUGCUUUAAAUUUGAACUUAUAAAAUAAAAUUUUACUAAUAAAAGAUCACUUUCA